UGAUGAAUAUGGCGGAGAGAGCACCUGACAGCAUCUGUUUAUAUCAACUGUAAUUAACUUGUUAGGUGCAGUGCAAGCUUCAGUAUAAUCAUCACACCCAGUGCCAUAACCACAGCCUAGAGGUUAUCCAGCAUGUCAACAGCUCAGUAUCACCAGACGUGGCUGGUGGACUUUUUCCACUCGUUUCCACACAUAGAUUUGACGUUUCAGUAUACAAACUCGACUUUCGACCCUGAAAGACCAACAUAUAGAGAGGCCCUGAUAUUUUUUGCAGCCCUGCCAGUGUUGUGGUGCAUAAUCUCCCUGCUUCUCUUCUCCUGCUACUAUGUGGUCCAGUGCUGCAAAGACAAACCAAAGAAGCGACGCAAGACAGGCUGUCUGAAGGUCUUCAUUGGUCUGAUGGUCACACUGGGAUGUGUUGCACUAGCAUUUGGUUUCUACGGUAAUGAGGAGGCGAAUGAUGGUGUAGAUGACCUUGCCGACUCUCUGGCAGAUACGAACCAGACGCUGCAGAAUGCUAAACAUACAUUGACGGUGCUGGACGACCUGGCGGGCCAGAUCUCUAGGCGUGGUGUGCAGGCGCUACAGAAUGUCACUGACUCUAUAGGGAACGGAACAGUCAGGGUUUCCAUUCACCUCUUGAUUAAGACCAUUAUUGACAAAUCUGCCGAAUUCCGCACGGACAUAAAGGUUUUACAAAACGACACAGGUGGCUUUAAUCUGCAGAGCAUCAAAGAAGAAAUUGACAUCAUAGAAUUUUACAGAUGGCUUGCGACUUUGAUUCUGAAUACAGUAUUUGUGUUCCUGAAUCUGUUGUUCCUUAUUGGCAUUGUGAAGUCAUCCAAGUGUGUUCUUGUGACAGCUGCUGUGGGCAGUCUUUGCUGCCUUAUUCUCAUGUGGGGAGCUUCUGGAUUCUACAUAGGAGUCUCAAUGGCCACUGGAGAUCUGUGUUCUGAUCCUGACUUAUUUGUCAGGAGGACGGUAUCUGGCACUGUCAAGAAAGAUGUGCUUGAAGCUUACUUGACAUGUACAGAUAAUAACAAGCCAUUCACAGAGAGCAUAGUUAAAGCCAAUGAAGCGGUGGCCCAGGCCACAUCAGCUCUCAACAAGACGGUCGCUCUUGCCAAGCCAUACAACAUCUCAGAUAAGAUUCGCCAACCAGUUGCCUUCCUGCGGCGGGAGCUGAAGUAUGUUGUGAGUAACCUGACGGCACUGAAUGAUGUCGUCAACUGUGAGCACAUCCACAACAACUAUGUGAAAUCUGUCAAAGGCAUCUGUGACAAAACAAUGAUUGGCCUGGCGUUUAUGUGCUUGAUGUCUCUGAUUGUGGGCCUCACCAUCACUUUUGCCAUUGCAUUUGCAUCACGCACAUGGCCACACUUUGGCAAAAGGCGUGGCUACUAUCCUGUGGAUGACACUGAUCCUUUCCUGCCACGCCCCCCACCGUAUGAGAGCUACGGCACGAUGCGGAGUUACGAGAGGGAGGGGGGAAAUAGCAUCCCCAGCCUCGGUCGGAGAAGUUUAGCUAGCGAGCAAGGAUCUCGACCAUUUUGGAUAGAGGAUACCACUGCAAAAAGUGUUAAUGAAGAGUCUGGAGCGACCUUGAACUUGCCAAUGGGGGAAUCCCCUCCUCCCGCAUACCACCCUGGGAGGUACAGCAGCAUGCAGCAGUACAACAACCUGGCCCCCCACCCCGGGGCCAUGCAGGGCUCCAGUGAAGCAUGAGGCAGCCAGGAGACAGGGGAUCACAUGGCUGCCAUGGGAUGUCAUGGGAUGUCAGCAAAGACACUGACCCAUCCGAUGGGUUGAAUUUAUUGUUAGAUAUAUUUUGAGCUCAGAAAUGUAGUCAUUACAUUGUCUAACAUAUAUUGAUGUAGAUAUUUUUACACUUUUAAUUCAAUAGAUUAAGUAAAGAAUAGUUUACAUUAGACAUAUUUUAGUUAUUGACCUUACAUAAAUCACAGUAUUUUCUUUAAUCUUUUGCACCUUUUGUCCUUUGACAUGAUAAGAUAUGUUCCUGAUUUACCCAACAUUGUGUAAUGUAGCUAUAGUUUGUGAUGGAAGACACUGAUGACGUUGUAACCUCAUGAGUAUCUGGUGUUGCCCAUCAUCAUGAGAUUGCUGCCUACUGCUGACCUAAGGACACCAAAUACUGAAUCCUGCUCAUAACUUGCUCAUGUCAAUGUGCCACGAGGGACCAGUGAUUGUGUCACCCAUGUCUUGUUAGGCUGAAGUGAUUCACCGACGUCUGCUUCGCAGUACUCAAGUUGGUUAGUCGGACUGAUCAUGCAAUGGUGCUAAUACAACAUGAAGACAUGACAUCAGAAAAGGAUUGGGGAAAAAAGAGUUUUAUUGGUAAUAGUUUUAAAGUAUGAUAUCAAAUCAUGUGCUUAGGGUAUCAUUUCAGUCCAAAUUAUAUCACUGAAUCCAUGAGAGCGUGAAUUGGUUCCUAUGUCUACCUCCUGGGUACCCGUCAUGAAUGCUUCAUUUAAUUUACUAUUAACAGUAACUUGCUUAUGAAUUCUACAAGUUGAAGCAAGUGAAACAAGUGGCCAUCUGUUAUAUAUUUAAAGACAAAAGACUGUCUGACUCUGUGAAGUUCCAGGGAGGGUGUGUCUACAGAAAUGUGAAGUACAGCACCCUAUAGUUUAUUGCUAGAUAUAAGACUGUGAUUUUGAUGUACUUGAUGAUGAGAAGAACUGGAUCUGUGUGUGAACCAUAUCUACCUACACCAGCCGUGUCUACAGUACAUGGCACCCACCAGCUGUGUCUACAGUACAUGGCGCCCACCAGCCGUGUCUACAGUACAUGGCGCCCACCAGCCGUGUCUACAGUACAUGGCGCCCACCAGCUGUGUCUACAGUUCAUGGCGCCCACCAGCCGUGUCUACAGUACAUGGCGCCCACCAGCCGUGUCUACAGUACAUGGCGCCCACCAGCUGUGUCUACAGUACAUGGCGCCCACCAGCUGUGUCUACACUACAUGGCACCCACCAGCCGUGUCUACAGUACAUGGCGCCCACCAGCCGGGUCUACAGUACAUGGUGCCAACAGCUGUGUCUACAACAGCCAUUAUUGUCCUAUGGAUCUAUCAUUCUUCACCAUUUUCACCGUGCUAACAACAGCAUAAACUUGAUGUUUCAUCAAUGAGUUAACUUUGUUUUGUCCAACCAUUGUCACAAGGGCCACAACAAAUAAAGUAUUACUUUUCCUUCCAAAUCUUUAAAAAAAAAAUUGAAGCUG